CUACAUAUCAGUCAAGUGACAAACCUCAUAGUUCAGAUGGAUGACAGACUGACACCAAUUUUUUUUUUAUGCCAUGCGAUCGACCCACAUUACCUACAACAACAAUGUUAACAUGUGCUCUUUGAGGAAUGUGAUUCAGUAACUUCCUUGUAGCUGUUGGGUGGAGACUCCAGAGUUGUAAACCUUUUUCACCGACUCUCACUUCCCUGUUUGAGCACACGAGGAAAUCAGGAGGCAGCGCGGCUGUGCUUACCCAGAAUUCAACCUUCUUCACACCACAAGCCAGAAUGCUUUACACCGACUUACUGCAGCUUUGGAAUGAGUCCGUGCAGGCAAUGGAUAAGAAGGACUGGCAAGGAGGUCUGGCGAAGCUGGACCAGAUCACCGAACCCACAUCGGGUACACUCUUCAACGCUGCUUCAGCGCACAUCUGUUUAGGACAGCUGGAUUCUGCCCUCAAGGCAUUAGAUCUGGCAAUUGCCAGGGAUCCACGGCUCUCUGUUGCGUUCUUCCAGAGAGCAGGCGUAAUGAUUCAGCUUAACAGGUUGGAUCAGGCUCUAUCUGACUGUGUCUGGGCACAGAAACACCUGAGAGGAAACAAUGUCAUUGACUACAGACAACUUGGGCUGCGCUACAAGCUGUACAGCUGGCAGGUGUUACAUAAUGCAGCUGCUGUGUACUGUCGAAUGGGUCAGUGGGAGCAAGCCAAAGAUGUACUCUUGUCGGAAAAUCAAGGGGGGAAUCUGGAGAUGGCUUUGGACACAAUUCUGAGAAAUGAAGUCCUUGCACCUGUCCUGGUACCUGAGGGUGUAUUGUUCCGGCCCAGGAAAAAAGAUCUGGACCAGCUACAGCAGAGAGACUUCUUGGGGAAAGCCAAGGUCAUUUCCUCCAUGAUACCCAAUGAUGAUUUUGGGGGGUUUGAACCUCUCAGGGUGCAGAAGCCUGGUUUCUAUCAGCCUAAGGUGGAUGGGGCUCAGGAUUCUCGCUACAUGUGUAUAAGCGUCCCUUACAUGGCUCGAGGUCCGGGACAGUUGACUGUGCCAGGAGGUGCCAAAGUCUUUUUAUUUGAAGAAGAGGACAAGCAUGGGAUGGCAACUGUCAUAUAUGAUGGACAGAGAGGACUUGUGCCAGCAUCCCUGCUCAAGCCCGCAGAUAUACAGAUGACCAAAGGCAAAAGAGAUCAUACACUUUCGACUGGGAUCCCCCUCCCUCCAGGACUAAAGCCACCCACUCGUCCACGUCCUCGGUCCAGUUCUGCAGUCCCUACUUGGGCAGAACAGUUGACGUCGGACACACCACCACCAUCCUACACCACUGCCACCCAUGUUCAACGGCCAGCCUCAGCGCCUUCCAAUGCAGCCAGCAGGCAGGUAGCAUCCUUACCUGAAAAGAAUGUCAACAUGGUCCAGGAAACAGAAGCAGAGUCUGUCAUGGUGAAGGUUCAUUACAUAUACACCACCUCACUGGAAGUACCAACCAAUAUGUCAUACCAUGAACUGAAGGAAGAAAUUGCUCAUAAAUUGGAGCAACCAGCAUCUUCUCUCCGCCUCAGAUAUAGGAAGCAUGGCUCCCGCUUGCUGGUACCUCUUGAUUGGGAGUUAGAGACAGGCAGAUCCCUGCAAGAGGUUUCGGAGGCUGGCAGAGCGACCCUGUGGUGCCAGGCAGAAAAUCCCCUGCUCAACCAUACCAUCCUCUACCAAAUGGUGGCCCUGUAUGAUUAUUCUGCUCAGGGUCCAGAGGAUUUAGAGUUCAGUGAAGGCGACACCAUUGACAUUCUGGGUGCAGUUAAUGAAGAGUGGCUCGAGGGACACUGUGCAGGAAAAAUCGGCAUCUUCCCCAGCAACUUUGCCACGAGGGAGAAUGACACCUUUACACAGAGCUCCGAGUUUUAAAACAGACUUUAAACACUUCAGAAUUGUCAGAUGGGCUCAAUAUUUGAAACACUACAUUUUUGCACAGCACUGAGUUGUACCCUGUCAUUUCAUCACCCAUGGCAGGGAUUCAAUUAAUGCGUGCAUUAAAAAGGUACUGAGUGAGUUUGCAUUGAUUUUAUCUUCAUGUUUGUCAAACAAGAUACAGUGUAACUUUGCUAGUACACAAAUGUUUUAUAUGAGUAAAUGCAUGCUACAUUCAAUAACGGUCAUGAAAAAAGACUUUAUUGCUCAAACAUUUCACUACAUUUAUGUAGUAGCGACAUUAUAGUUAGAGUUGCGCAUUAGAGUCUCGAUCAUCGAUGGGAACCAGGACUCACACUCCGAUUCUCCUGGGAUCAUUCUAAUGUUUUUAUUUCGAUUCCUAGAUUCGAUGCGCGCUUUGCCGACCGGAAGAAAUAGACGCGAACACCAACGAAGAAGAAGCAUCCAAAAAGUUUAGCUUAACUUCAAAUGAGCUCGCACCACUACAUUCACUACACCAUGAAUGUGUGAACAUGUAGUAGCUACAUCGGACUUCCUCUUAGCAGUCAGAAUCAGGGAAGUCAAAAAAUAAAUGACGUCUGUCUCAUGCCAAAGCAACCGAGGGUUUCAGGAUGCUAGCCCUAAUAAUGAUGAUUUUUUCCUCUAUCUUCAAAAGCCUACCUAGUUCAGACCUAAUCAUAGGAGGAGACGUCAACACAAUACUUGAUCCAACAAUAGAUAAAUCAAACACAACGGGAAACAUCAGAGCACUUAAAUCUACUUCAGUCUUAAAGUACUAUAUGGAGGAGUGUGGUCUUGGUGAUAGCUGGAGGCUAAACCAUCCUAAAGACAGAGAAUACACCCAUUUUUCAAAAGUACACCACACAUACCGUAUUUUCACGACCAAAAGGCUCACUUAAAAGUCUUAAAUUUUGUCCAAAAUGGGCGGGCGCCUUACAAUGCGGAGCGCCGUAUGUGUGUGUAACCUGGUACGUUGGUAAACCUCACUCCCUCUGCCCCAAGAGCUGCGCUGAACAUGCGACCGACAGUCCGGACCUUUAGUCGCGUGGUCAGCGCCCUCGCCUCCCAUUACAAAGGUCUCGUGUUCGAGCCUCGGUGCGGGCAGUGCGAAACAGGGCGGGUUACGUGUGUACCGUGUUCCAAAAUCUGAAGUGUUGCUGUGUGACUUUUAUGAGCGCUCCGCUCGGCUGACUGGGACUCCUGCCGACACGCUGCUUAUAUAGAGGAAAGGUGGACAUGACUGAGUCGACUGGGUCGGCUGAAGAGGAAGGAGACAUCUGAUUGGCUACCUAUAUCCCCUUGGUAGAAAAAAUGCAUUCGUGGAUCGGGUCACGUCAGGGUAGUCUCAAAAAGAUUCACACACAAACGCGAGUAGGUUCACAAAAUAAAAGCAUUUGUAUAUGAAUGUAUCAACAUCCACAUAUGUUUUGAUGAAAACUGCAAAUACUUUUUGGAUACAAGAUAUAAAUAAAUUAUAUAUGUAUAUACAUCAGUUGAAGACGCACGGUGGUCUACUGUUAGCACGUUGGCCAACAUUAACAGCCUGGAAAUCGGGAAGGCCUGGGUUCGAUUCUUCCUUGGGAAUUUUUUGUGUGAAGUUGGCAUGUUCUCCCCGUGUGCGCGGGGGUUUUCUCCAGGUGCUCCGGCUUCCUCCCACAUUCCAAAAAACAUGCAGGCGAGGUUAAUUGGAGACUCUAAAUCAGGGGUCACCAACGUUUUUCCUUGUGAGAGCUACUUUUACAAAAUGAAAAUGGCCAAGAGCUACUCAUUUUUGUAACAUUUAUUUUCAGAGCUUAUUUUAAACCCAAACAAAGUGAAUAUGCUUGUUUUACCAGAACAUGAACAAAAUGCUGGUGUCCACAACUCACAUGUUGUAUUUCAGAAUGCAUUUCCUUCUACUGUUCUUUCAUUAUUAACUGAAAACCUGAAUGAAAAGCGGGCACCACGUUGGUGACCCCUGCUCUAAAUUGUCCAUAGGUAUGAAUGUGAGUGUGAAUGGUUGUUUGUCUAUAUGUGCCCUGCGAUUGGCUGACGACCAGUCCAGGGUGUACCCCGCCUGUCGCCCGAAGUCAGCUGGGACAGGCUCCAGCAUGCCCCCGCGACCCUAAUGAGGAGAAGCGGUAUAGAAAAUGGAUGGAUGGAAGGAUGUUUGUGGAUUUUUAUUGCAUAUAUUUAAAACAAUGAAUAUUUGUGUGUGCAUCAGAAAUACAUUUGGGAAACUUUUUUGGUUAUUUGUGGAUUUAUUUUACAUUUCUAUAAAAUGCCAAAUAUAUGUGUGUGCAUUGAAAAUAUUUGUGUGGAAAGUCAUUUAUAUAGAAAUUUUAACAUGCAUUUGUGAAUCCUUCUGUGUGCAUUUAGUAAUAUUGAGACUAAUCUAACUCCAUACAAAACGUCUCCCCUAAGUCAUCAAAGUAUGUCCAUGUGUUCAUUUACCUUUAUGGAACUUUUGGAACUUCUUGACAAUCUGGUGACUGGUGAUUGCCCCAAAAUCAGAUGCUCAGAGACCUGCAAAAAUGUACAGCACAAAGCAUCAGUGGAGGCAAUGGAAAAUCCAUACUAAAAAAGCAUGCUUGUCUGGUGUAUCUUUAAUGGUCAAAAUAAUAACUUUCCAUUUACAUAAAUGCAUGUAUGCAUACAUACAUACAUACAAGGUCAUGCCCCUCUUAUAUCCAAGAGAUAAUAAGGUAUUAUGUUUAAUAUACACUUAAUGGCCAAAGCAAAAUUUCAAUCAGAUUUGUUUAUAUACUAAACAAAUGGCCAGUGGUUGAUAAAUGCAUUGCAUUUAAAGUUGAAUUGAAAUGUAAAUCCAUAAUGCAACUCAAUAAGUCUUGGUCUCUAAAUUCUGCUGAAUGUAUGAAUGACGAUUUACUAGUAGAAGCGGGUGGCAUACUUGUGCACAAUUAGGACCAUACAAUAAUCAGAACACAAGUGGACAGCUCUAAGUACUUGUGUGCAUCAUCAACCCACAUUGAGAUCUGAUCACUCAAACCACAUGUAACCACGUUCAGUGUGUACACAAAUGUGAGUCAGCCCACACUGAAAGAUCUCUGACUACAUAAGUGGAAAUAUGUAUAUGAUCAUGUUUCAAAGAUUCACUGAUUACAAUUCCCACUAAAAUCAUCACGUUUCCAUCUCUCAUACCCACCUCAACCACACAGGGGGCACACAUAUUUUUCAACAUCGGCUUUAAACUUUUUUGCUCAUACUUUUUAACAGACUGCAGCAUAUGAUGCACACUCUGAGACGUUGUUUGUUUAAUUAUGUUAAACAAACAUGUAAAAAAAAUAUGUCACUAGAUUUAGAUAAAAGAUACAAUCACAUUCAUGACAUUUGUAAAAACAGAUUAAUGUAAAACUUGCUCUGAAUCAUGAGAAAGUUACUAAGAGACAGACACACAGAGCAUCACUGUAACCAUAGUGUUACGAUGGUGUUUGUCGCUCUGCUGCCGCCUGCUGUGUAUUUGCUCUCUGUGCAGCUUCAGGCGGUGUGGGUGGAGUCCCCAGCACACACCUGCAGGCAAUCUCAUCAGACACCCUACCCCGUUACCUGUUCCGCUUGGUCCGGCUCACCUUCGUUACCGCUUACUAUUGUGCUUUGGACUUGUAUACUCACCGUUGCUCCGGCUCAGGUUUGCCUCUAGUACUUCUCAGUUGUAUUGUAGUUACUUCCUGUCAGCCUUUUGCUGACAGCGUUUUGUGUUCUUGCUUUUGAUUUGUGACUUUUCUUGUGUUGUACUUUUUCCCCGCUCCAGGGAAAAAGUUAUUAAAUAUCUUUUUGUAUCUAAACUUGGACUGUUUCUCUGCCUUGGGAUCCGCCACGUCACCCGUGGCUCCACCCCUUGUGACACCACAGUAACCCAUAGAAACACACAGAUCUGUCUGUGUGGUCACUUGUGGAGCGAGGCAGCAGACAAUAACAGAUAUGGAUAUUUCUCACGUUACCUCAAUGAUCUAUUGAAUUCACUGUUUCUCUGUCCAGUUGCUGUCUCAUAACGCAGUGACCUUAAACUCAUCACGGAGCGUCUCAGCUCGACUCAAACCGGGUUUGAGUUUGUUUUUAGCUCCGCUAACCAAUGUUGCGAGUUUUAACUCGUAUCGUCGUAAAUCUUAACAGGUCCGGUCCAAUGUUAUAGGUAAAGAUGAAUCUGGCCAUCUUAUUUUAACUUCAUAACAUGUUUAGAGCUGUUACAGGGUACUUUGCUAACACUACACACAAUGUAACACAUCGCUAAUACCACAACCACAGGUAGAGUGAGCUAAGUGCAUCUGUGUCUACACACCUGCUCUCUGAUCACAGUGCAGGUGUAACAGAUGCGAAAAAAACAUGUAUUGUCAUGUCUGAAAUGUUUUUGUUUAUGGGUUAAUUUCUCCAAAAUCCCUAUUUUGUGAUUUGUUUUGGUUUCUUCUUAAAUUAUAAUUUAACCUUUGUAACUUUAUUUUCGUAUUUCCUUUGUCAUGGUAUACACUUUUAUUUUGAAGGUUCAGGGGAUGUCGUACUGCUCCUCACGUUGUCAGUCUAUUUUUGUGCUGGCUGACAGGCCCGUUGUUAUUGAGGAGCUCACGCGCAUGUCCUCUUCAUGUAUUCCACCACACUGCAGGAAUAAACUUCUGUUCCAA